AUGGAGUCAAAGAGGCUAGAUGUGAAGAAAUCUGUGGACUACAAGAGCACCUCUAGGGCGAGGUUGGCCUUUCAAAGGGGGGACUUGGAAAUGUCUCGGCUUGAGCACUCAAAGCCGCUUCCCCACACCGAGUUUCACAGCUCUGCCGCCACCGACUACAUCAAGUCGGUUGUGUUCGGCGGCCUCGAUGGCAUAAUGACGACCUUUGCGAUUGUUGCUGCGGCCGUUGGUAGCAACAACAGUUACGCGACAAUCCUUGUCUUUGGGUUUUCCAACGUCAUUGCCGACGGGUUUUCAAUGGGCUUUGGGGAGUACGUCUCGAGGGAGGCGGAGCGGGAGAAUGCCCGGGCUGAGCGUCGCCGAGAGGAGUGGGAGGUGGAGAAUGCCUUUGACCUGGAGGUAGACGAAAUGGUUCAAAUAUAUGAGGCAAAGGGCCUCUCGCACGAGGACGCCACAACAAUUGUAAGCAUCAUUUCCAAGGACCCAAAGCUUUUUGUGGAUUUCAUGAUGACGGAGGAGCUCGGACUGCUGUUAGACCUCGACGACGCACACAGCCCAAAGAAACAAGGCCUCGUCAUGUUCAUCUCUUUCCUCUUGUUCGGUGCCAUCCCGCUGCUGGCGUACCUUCCCGGGAAAGGCAAAGGCGUGGAUGUCGUCUUUGCGAUCUCGUGCAUCCUGGCGACCGUCGCCCUUCUUGUCCUUGGGUCACUGAAGGGGUACUUAACCGGCGUCGGCAUCUGCUGUUCCGCCGCACUGAUGGUGAUUAAUGGCAUUAUCAGCGGCCUCGUCAGCUACUUUGUCGGCAUGGCGAUCGAAUCCCUUCUCCGUGCGGAGUUUCUUGACACAGCAUAG